AUGUCACCUUUCAAGGCGUUAUAUGGUAAAUCUUGUCGUACGCUUCUUUGUUGGUCAGAAGUUGGUGAGAGGGUAUCAGUGGGCCUAGAGAUUGUGAACGAGACUACUCAGAAUAUUCAGUUAUCCCCGUGGAAAGGUGUUGUACAGUUUGGUAAGAAAGGUAAGUUAAGUCCUCGAUAUAUCGGACUGUACCGGAUCACCGAGCAGGUCGAUGAAGUUGUUUACAGACUUGAGUUGCCUCCAGAGUUGUCAAAGGCGCACGAUGUUUUUCAUGUCUCUAUGUUUCACCAUUAUGUUUCUGAUCCGUCACACAUGAUAUCUCCUCAACCACUAGAAAUUAAUCCAGAUUUAACUUAUGAGGAGGAGCUAGUGACAAUUUUGGAUUGUAAGGAUAAGGUUCUGAGGAACAAAACUGUGCGUCUGGUGAAUGUUUUGUGGAGGAAUCACUUAAUGGAGGAAGCCACAUGGGAAACGGAGGAUCGUAUGCGAGAUAUGUAUCCACGCUUGUUUUAUGGAUAUUAG